GAAAAGAAACAAAUACAUCAAAGCUGUUUUUUAUUGGACGUCAUUAUUUUGCGACAAGUUGCAUUUUGUCAUUGAGAAGCAAGAUGGCGUCAGCAUCAGAAGAACAUCAGGGUGCUCCAGACAGCGAACUGGACGAAUUAUUAGACAGUGCUCUUGAUGAUUUUGACAAGACCAGUGUGCCUCCUGUGGCCCCUGAGGCCCCCACUGCCCCUGGUCCAAGAACGACAAGUGAUGAGAAGCCUCCUCUGUUGGAGGACAGUAAGUUCUUUGAGUCUCUCUUUGAUGGUGAGAUGGCCAAUCAAGCACGUGAGGAGUGGGAGAAAGCUAUGACUGAGUUAGCGCAAGAAGAACCUGAGCUUCUACAGCAUUUUCAUAAGCUGUCUGAGGCAGCAGGUAAAGUAGGCACAGAUGUAGCUUCACAGCAAGAGUUCACGUCCUGUCUUAAGGAGACCCUUAGUGGUUUGGCGAAAAAUGCAGACAACCUGCAGAAUGCAGGAAUGGCUGGAGAUGAUCUGGUAAAGACCUUGGAGAACCUGGGAAUGAAUGAAAAUGGAGAGGGAGGAGAUGAUGGCAAUAUUCUCCCAAUUAUGCAGUCCAUCAUGCAGAACCUUUUAUCUAAAGAAGUUCUAUACCCUUCUCUUAAAGAGAUAACAGAGAAGUACCCUGAAUGGUUGGAGAGCAACAAGCAAUCCCUUCCCACAGACCAGUUCAUGCGGUAUGAGCAACAGUACAAAAUAAUGGGAGAAAUAUGCAGCCAAUUUGAGAAAGAUGGAGACAAAGACAGCGUGUUUGAAAACAUUCUGGAACUCAUGCAGAAGCUGCAAGACUUGGGUCAACCUCCAAAAGAGCUUGCUGGAGAGGCACCUCCUGGCUUGAAUUUUGACCCAGAAUCUCUGCACCUUCCUGGAGCGCAAGGGGUCCCGGGACCAGAGCAGUGCUCAAUCAUGUGAUCUCAAUGAGGUCAAAUUAAUAUACGUUUGAAAACGAUACAAUUUGGAGCUAAAUAUCUGAACCUGAGUUUGACACAGUUGAUCAUGCUCCCCUUUUAAUGGAGUUUGCUUUUGUGUCUGCACUGAAACUGUGAACGUUCACUACAUUAAUUUUACUUCGUAGUUCUUGUCCACAGAGGUUAUUUUCAUCUUCAUCCCUUAUCCGUUCACUGUCCUCACUGUAGAGCAGCUCUUAGCGUUUUGAGUGAAGCUUGAUAUCUCAGUGUGCUGACAGCUUGGUAAAAAUCAAAGUUUUCUGAAUUUUGUAAAGGUUUUACACUUUUACUUCAAAGAACAUAUGACAGGUAUUGCAGUGGAUUGUGUUUUGAGUAAGCAGAGACAAAAGGACAGGAAAGGGAUUUACAGAUUGAUUGGUUUCAUUUUAUUUUUAAAUCUCAGAAGAAUGGUCAGGGUCAACAAAUAGCUUCCAUCAGAUUGAUGAAAUUAUUUUAAUAUACAGUGUAAUGUCCAUUUAUUCUCGCACUAUAUCAUGUAUGCUAUUUCUGUGAUUUGACAACUAAUGUGUGACCAAAACGCAUCUCUCAGAUUCAGGAUUUUCAAAAACUAACUGCAGACACUUAAGAUGCAGGCUGAUAAUAUAUCCAUAAUAUCAUUCUAUGACCCAUAGACUGCAUUUGUAAUUGAGUAGAAUAAUUCUCUCUCCCUUUGUCUUCUAAUGGUUACUAUGUCUAUCGGCAUAUAGAGCAGGUUGAAGUGUUGCCAUGUAAAUUUAUAUAAUUCCCAUCAUUCCUAUGGUGGUGCCUCUUUGUGAUGUGUUAUUUUCACAAUAGUCCUAAUUUGCCUUGAAUAUUGUUUGGUAAUUUAAAAUUUAAAGAACAUGUUAAAUCCCAGGAUACCUCAAAAGUAGGUUAAAGUUUGCAGUCAUUGCUUUUGAGGGGAUGUUUACGUGGUUCUUUUAUGCAAACAGGUUUGAGUGCAUUGAAAUGGGAUCCUUUCACAGGAUCAAAUGUGGAGUUGGUUAUCAGUUUGCUUUCUUGACACGUAGCAUUGGCUAUAUCUUGGUGUGUUGUUAUGUGGCCAAUACAAAGAUUUUGAGAAGGAUAGGAUGGCCGUGCGGAUGAGCUGGACAAAAAUAUGUAACGGUUACAACACUCAGGGGUUGCUCAAACACCCAAGCACUUAAAUCAGAUCAUCAAUAUUCUUUGUCCUGUAAAUGUUCCU